AAGCCUAUGAACGGCUAAAAACAACCCAAUCCACAACAGUCGCAGAGAUCACACACAGAGUAACUUCGAGGUUCGAACGCUUCUCAACUCUUUCGGCAAUGGUGACUGAGAAAAACAAAGGUGCAUAGAGAAGAACCAUCAUCAUGCCUUCCUCACUCUCCACCUGUCUUCUCCUCCCAGCCCCUCUCCUCAAACCCCCCACCACCACCACUACUCUCUCUCUCAGACCCAGUUCUCACUUCCUCACCAUCAAGUCCUCCGCAAACAACAGCAACAACAACAACAACAAACCCAGUUCAUGGGUGAGCCCAGACUGGCUCACUUCACUCACACGGUCUUUGACAAUUACCAAAGACGACGACUCGGGCAUACCAGUAGCCAACGCUAAGCUCGAGGACGUGUCUGAGCUUCUGGGCGGUGCUCUGUUCCUCCCACUGUUCAAGUGGAUGAACGAGUACGGACCCGUUUACAGGCUCGCCGCAGGGCCUAGGAAUUUCGUGGUGGUUAGCGACCCUGCCAUUGCCAAGCAUGUGCUGAGGAACUACGGGAAGUAUGGUAAGGGUCUGGUGGCUGAGGUCUCCGAGUUCUUGUUCGGGUCCGGUUUUGCCAUUGCCGAAGGCCCGCUUUGGACGGCAAGGCGUAGGGCUGUGGUGCCAUCACUUCACAAGAAGUAUUUGUCAGUGAUGGUUGAUAGAGUCUUUUGCAAAUGUGCCCUUAGAUUGGUGGAAAAGCUCAAACCCGACACAGUAGGUGGCAUUGCUGUAAACAUGGAGGAAAAAUUUUCUCAACUAACUCUUGAUGUUAUUGGUCUGUCCGUAUUCAACUACAAUUUUGAUUCACUUAACACUGAUAGUCCUGUGAUUGAUUCGGUUUACACUGCACUGAAAGAGGCAGAGGCCCGUUCCACGGAUAUAUUACCAUACUGGAAGAUUAAAGCUCUUUGUAAAAUAAUCCCAAGACAAAUAAAAGCCGAAAAUGCAGUUACUGUGAUAAGGAGAACUGUUGAAGAACUUGUUGCAAAGUGCAAAGAGAUGGUGGAAGCCGAGGGUGAAAGAAUCGAUGAGGAGGAAUAUGUAAAUGAUGCUGAUCCAAGCAUCCUUCGCUUCUUGCUUGCAAGCAGAGAAGAGGUUUCAAGUGUACAACUACGAGAUGACCUUUUGUCAAUGUUAGUUGCUGGUCAUGAGACCACUGGUUCAGUGUUGACUUGGACACUCUAUCUUCUAAGUAAGAACUCCACCUCAUUGGUGAAAGCACAAGAGGAAGUUGACAGAGUUCUACAGGGUAGGCCUCCUACUUAUGAAGAUAUUAAGGAUCUAAAGUUUUUGACCCGCUGCAUAACUGAGUCACUCCGACUGUACCCACAUCCUCCUGUCUUGAUAAGAAGAGCUCAAGUUGCUGACAUGCUUCCUGGAGCUUACAAGGUUAAUUCUGGUCAAGACAUUAUGAUUUCUGUAUAUAACAUUCAUCGUUCCUCACAGGUUUGGGAGAGAGCAGAAGAGUUUCUGCCGGAAAGAUUCGACUUGGAAGGCCCAGUACCUAAUGAAACAAAUACAGAUUUCAGGUUCAUUCCAUUCAGUGGAGGGCCUCGUAAGUGUGUUGGUGAUCAGUUCGCUUUGCUGGAAGCUAUUGUUUCUCUCGCCAUCUUUCUGCAGCACAUGAACUUUGAGUUGGUUCCUAACCAAACCAUUAGCAUGACUACUGGAGCAACAAUACAUACAACAAACGGCUUGUACAUGAAACUGAGUCAACGGCAAACAAAACCCGCAUUUGUUCCCUCGGCUUCUAGGUAAGCUGUAAUGUUGUACAUAAAAAUUGAUAAUCCAGGUGGGUUCAGCAUAAAAAGUGUUGUAGUAGUGCAGUUUUGUAAGAAUCAUAAUAUUGUUCUAUUCUUUUGACUGACAGAAGUAUUUUUU